GUGGCAUCCAAAUCAGAUGUAGCAAAUACAAAUAAGUCUAUAUCUUUGGCCCACGCUUUUCUUCUUCGCCUCCAAAAUCGUCUCUUUUUCCCUCCCUCGGUUCUAUCUUUCUUCACAGUUCUGGCUUCCUGCUCUCCUGUUUCAUCAAAAUCUCUCCCAAUCAUUUCUCUCCAGUGUUUCUCACUUUGCGCACGUUGGAUUUCUCUUCUUCCAAACAUAACAUACAAACAGCAGAAACCAUGAUUCAGAGCAGUUCAAGCUUACACAAUUUGGUUCAAUCUGUACGUCUGGGUUCUUUAUCUCAGCUUGGAGCUUUCCUUUGCUACUCGUCACAAGCUGCAUCUUCUCUGCAACAAGUGGACAAACCAUUGCCUUACUGCGCUGAUGGUGAGGGUGAGUUCGCUAAUGUGGAUUGGGAUAAUCUUGGAUUUGGUAUCAUGCCAACUGAUUACAUGUUCACAAUGAGAUGUUCUAAAGAUGGAUGUUUUGAACAAGGACAACUCACUCGCUAUGGAAAUAUUGAAUUGAGCCCUUCUGCAGGCGUCCUGAAUUAUGGCCAGGGGUUGUAUGAAGGCACAAAAGCAUAUAGAAAAGAAGAUGGUCGUUUACUUCUCUUUCGCCCAGAUCAAAAUGCCAUCCGCAUGAAGAUGGGUGCUGAUAGAUUAUGCAUGCCUUGCCCCUCCAUUGAUCAAUUUGUUGAUGCAGUGAAAGGAGUUGCUCUCGCCAACAAGCGUUGGGUUCCUCCUCCAGGGAAAGGGACUUUAUAUAUUAGACCUUUGCUAAUGGGAAGUGGUCCUGUAUUGGGUUUGGCUCCAGCACCUGAAUACACAUUCCUCACUUAUGCUUCUCCUGUUGGCAACUAUUUCAAGGAGGGCUCGGCACCCUUGAACCUAUACAUUGAGGAGGAGUUUCAUCGUGCCUCUCGCGGAGGUGCUGGCGGUGUUAAGUCCAUCACCAAUUAUGCACCUGUUCUGAAAGCCAUAGCCAGAGCAAAAAGUAGAGGAUUUUCUGAUGUUCUGUACCUUGACUCGGUGAAUAAAAGAUAUCUAGAAGAAGUCUCGUCUUGCAAUAUUUUCAUUGUUAAGGGUAAUGUAAUUUGCACUCCAGCUGCAAAUGGGACUAUUCUGCAAGGUGUCACUCGAAGGAGUGUGAUUGAAAUCGCCCACGAUCAUGGCUACCAGGUUGAAGAACGAGCUAUUUCAGUAGAUGAACUGAUGGAUGCUGAUGAAGUCUUUUGCACCGGAACUGCAGUUGGUGUUGCUCCAGUAGGCAGUAUCAAAUAUCAGGAUAGAAGUGCAAAAAACUUGUGCAUGUACAGAGUUGAAUACAAAAUCAGAGUUGAAUCUGUGGCUCAGGAGCUGUACUCAACUCUUGAAGGAAUUAAAAGGGGUCUCAUUGAAGAUAAGAAAGGUUGGAUCAUUGAGAUCUAACAGGGCCACUAUGCAUCCUCAAAUGCAUUGAAAAAAAUACAAUGUACAAGUGCAAUGUGCACUUCUGAAACCUUGUAGAUAGCUUUUUUUUUGUGUGUAUAUUUAUCUGAGGACAAUGAUACAAUGAUUUAUCAAUGUGGUAGACUUGUAAUAACGGAUUGCCUAUAAUAAACUAAAAAGAUUAGAGAUUAAAUUUAGCAUGACACAAAGCUUUGUAGAUUACCAUCUAAAUGUUAUCUAUGCUUUGGAGAGAGGUUGUUUCCAUGGCUCGAACUCAUGACCUCUGGUCACAAGUGGAAUAACUUUAUCUCAAAGUUUUUCAA